CUGAGUGGCGAGUCACACUGUAGGCGAAGCUGCCAUGCCGGGGAACUGUGGGCUUCUCCUCUUCCUCCUCCUCCUCUUCUUCCUUCUCCCCUGGGAUCCCGAGGGGCUGGCUCAGCCAUCGCCCUCACCUCCUGGCCCCAGGCAGCCUGAUGAUUCCCCUGCCUGGGCCCCCAGGCCACCCCCGCACCGGGCUCCGAGCACCCCCCUGGUGAUGCCCGGGUUGGGGGGCAGCCGGAGACCCCCAGGAAUGGACUGGGUUGAGACCCCUCCACCUCCCACGCCCCUUUCCCAGCAGAGGGUCCAGGACGACCCCCAGGAUGGAGCCUCGCGGCCCCGGAUGGGCAACUGGUGCCCAUUCCAGAAGUCCAGACUGGUCACCUUCAUCGCCUCCUGCAAAACUGAAAAAUUCCUCGUCCAUUCCCAGAUGCCUUGCCCGGCCGGGACUUCCGACUGCCAAAGGGUCAUGUAUCGCCUCUCGGUGAAGCCGAUCUACCAAAUUAAACAGAAGGUUCUGGUAUCCCUGGACUGGAGGUGCUGCCCUGGAUACACUGGACAGGACUGCCAACACUAUGACCCCAGUUUGAUCCCAGUGAGCGCUAACCGGGCUGAAGGGACAGAGGAGGAGAAGCACGGGGAGGAUUCCGCUGAACACAUAGCGGUAACCCGGCCCGGGGCAUCUGCGGUGCUCAGGAGGGCCGUCAGCAGCCAGGAAAAGCACCGGGGAGACCUGCAGAACGAUAUCCAGCAAGCCACUGGCCACCUCCUGGACCUGCAGGACCAGCUAGAAUAUAACCUCACCAGGAUGACUGCGUCCGCCCACCAAACCCAGUCUGAAGGUGCCGACCCACCCCUCCGGCCCGGGCUGGCCGCCCACCUGCAGGCCCUGCUGCGGGACCACCUCGCCCCCGUCUGGAGCAGCUACAACCAGAGUCUCCAGGCCCUGGCACGGGUGCUGAGCAAUCUGACCCGAGACGUGGAGGCCAACAGGCGUGGCCUGGAGGGAUUCCGGGAGACGGCGGAACCCCGGCCGGACCUGCAGGAGCUGGGGGCCAAGUUUGAAGCCAAAGUCCAGGAGAGCGCGGCGAGGGCGGACCAGCUGCGGCGGGAUCUGGAGGGCCGGCUCCAGGGCCGGCAGACCGCCCUUCACCGCGACCUCGUGACUUUCGAGACCGACCACGACCUGAGGCUGAAGAGGCUGCAGAAAACCCAGCAGCUCCUUCUGCUCCCCAUGAACCACAGCAUGGCCGAGGUGAGGCGGGGCCAGGCCCUGCUGCAGGAUCAGCUGCAGCAGCUGUGGACCAACCUCUCGGCUCUGUCCGCGGCCGCCGGCGACAGGGGCCGGGAGGCCCUGCGGGCCCUCGAGGGCCUGAACGCCACCCUGGCGGGUCACACGGAGCAGAUCCAGGAGCUGUACACCGAGUCGGAUGAGACCUUCGAACAGAUCACCCAGCUGGAGAGGCAGCUGCGGGACCUGCAGGCCCAGAACAAGGCGACCCUGGAGGAGAUCCGGGUGAUCCUGAUGGAAAAGUCGCUCAUCGCCGAGGAGAACAAGGAAGACCUGGAGCGGCAGAUCCUGGAGCUCAACUUCACGCUGGGCCAGCUGCAGGGCAGCCACUGGGACCUGCUGAAGUACCUGAAGGCCUGCAACUGUCAGAAGCUGUCCUGGGACCUCGACAUGGUGCAGGAGCAGCAGCAGAACGCCACGCGCCUCCUGGAAGAGUCCCAGCUCUCUCUGGACGAGCAGGCCCGGUUGGGGAGGUCCUCCCUCCAGGCACUGCGGGCGGCCGUGGAAGACCUGGCCCUGGCCCUGGAUGACCAGCGGGAGCAGGCGGCCCGGGGGGUGGUGCAGACAUCCCGCCUCCGCAGCCAGGUGCAGGCUCUGGCGGGGGACGUGGGCUCCCUGAGGCAGACCGAGCGCCACGUCCUGGCCGAGAUCCGGCGCCUCAACGGCUCCUUCGGGGCCCUGCUGAAUGACGCCCUGAGGCACGAGACUGUACUGGGGGUGCUGCUGGGGGAGGACGUGAUGGAGGAGUUGUCCGAGGAGGAGGCCGGAGCGCUGCCCAUGACCUACAACGACAUCACCGCUGCCCUGAGGGAUGCGCACGACCAGCUCCGGGAGCGGGACGCCCGCUUGGACGCACUCGAGGAACGGCUCAGGAUCCUCGAGGUUGGCAGUGCCCAGUCCACCCCGCCCCCUGGCCCAGCCGGGGGUCCCCAGGAGACGCCGGAGAUCCCGCGGCCGAGCCUCGACGCCUCGGUAGAGGGGCCGCCCGGGGAUCCGGUCGGCAGGGUGGUCCGCCGCCUGGAGGAGGAGACCAAGCACUUGGCCGCAGAGCUCAGGAGGCUGGAGUCCGACUGGGCUGAUGGCCGGGCCUGCGACAACUGCUCCGGGGCCACCGCCGGAGAAGCCACGGAGCGGAACUUCCAGCAGCACCUCCAGCUCUUCCAGGGCCUGUUCUCCAACUAUGCGGACUUGGUGGCUGCCAACGUGAGCUUGGACCUGGCCAAGCUCCACUCCGUGCUCAGCAGGAAGGGCAAGAAGCAACAGAGGGGUCUGGAUGCUCUGGGAAAGAAGGGCAAGAAACAGAAGGAGCGGCCGGAGGAAGCGGGCCCGGCACGGCGGGGGCCGGGAGACCUGGAAGCAGAUUCUCCUGUGGCCUUCUACACCGGCUUCUCCGAGGGGACCGACGAGCCCGGGCCCGUGAGGUUCAACGAGACGCACGUCAACUUCGGCCAAGGCUACAUCGCGGAGCACAGCUGCUUCCGGGCACCUCGCCGCGGCCUGUACAUGUUCACCGUGAGCGCGGCCUUCCAGCCGGGGCCCAGCCUGGGCCACCUGGUCCUGGGGAGGCAGCGCCGGACCCCGGUGGGCAGGGGCCCGGACCAGGCCGCGGGGGGCCCGGCCUUCGCCUUCGCCCUGGCCGAGCUGCAGCGGGGUGAGCGCGUCUGGUUCGAGCUGGCGCAUGGCUCCCUUCUCAAGCACAGCCCGGCCCCCACCACCUUCGGUGGGUUCUUGCUGUUUAAGACUUGAAGAAGGCCCGCUGCCCCUCCCCCCGGGGAAUCCUUUUGGGGGUGACCAAGGACUUGAAGGCGGCGGAGGGAGCCGGCAUGCCUGUUCCCAUGUACCCACAUGGCCACGGGUUGGCCGCCCACCCA